UUGGAUUUCCAACCAUAUUACAGCUAAUCUCUCUUCAUUUGGACUGCUAAUUCUUUUGAGUGAUUUUUAUGAAAGUGCCCGUGAGUUAAAUCCGUUGUGCGCAUCUGUGAGAGGGGGAUUCAACAGUUUUAUUCUUUGAGGAACAUUCAGUGACGGGGAGAAGAUAGUAAAGUGCUCAGACUAGGUAUUUGUCGACAGAAAGCUUGGGAUUUCCAACCCAAUUGCAGCCAAUACACUCUCUACACUUGGACUGGUAUUUAAACAUAUUCAGAUGCAUUUUAUUGGGGAAUUAUAUUCACACCACUUUGAGUGGCUUUUUAAAUCAAACUAACUUCAGAACCUCAAGUUGUAUGCGUUUUUAAGAAAGAAACGGCCGGUAUGACAGCUCUGUUCGUGGCACUGUUGCUUAUAUUCACGUCAGGAAGCGGGAAAGUGGCUCGCGCGAGUGGCGCGAAAGGAAGCCGCUUCGUGUGCACGGCAGUGCCCGCUGGCACCGACCUCAACUGCCCGGUGGACACGAACAACCGGGUUCAGAGCACCAGCCCGCAGGAGGAAGAGUUGCGGAAUACUAUAAUUCAACUGCGAGAGACCAUCCUCCUACAAAAGGAAACUAUAGUAAGUCAACAGGGCACUAUUAAAGAGCUCAACUCCAAACUCGCGCGCUGCGAGGCUGACGCCAGGUCGCGAGGCAACGCGCGCAGGAAAAACACAAUGGGCGACCUGCCGCGCGACCCCGCCGAGACUGUCGAGCAGCUGGGCAAAACCAUGCAGAGUCUGAAAGACCGCCUGGGGAAUCUGGAGCAGCAGUUGCGUACAAAUGCAUCAGGUGGACCAUUUCCCAACGAGCUGAAAGACCUGUUGAAGCGCCGUCUGAGUGACCUGGAGGGCCAGCUGCUGACCAGAGUGGCUGAACUUGAGGAGGAAAAGAGCCAGCUGUACAACGAGACUGCCGCUCACCGCCAACGCACCGAGAACACCCUCAAGUCAUUGCUGGAAAGGAUCACUGAGCUGGAGAAAAGUAAUAGUGCAUUCAAAUCACCAGAGGACUUUAAGGUGUCUCUGCCUCUGCGCACCAACUACCUGUAUGGCCGCAUAAAGAAGAAUCUGCCAGAGAUGUAUGCCUUCACUGUGUGUAUGUGGCUCAAGUCCAGUGCCAGUCCUGGAAUCGGAACCCCAUUCUCUUAUGGUGUCCCAGGACAGGCUAAUGAGAUUGUGCUGAUAGAGUGGGGAAACAACCCCAUAGAACUCCUUGUCAAUGAUAAGGUAGCUCAGCUUCCUCUAUCUGUGAGUGAUGGUCGCUGGCAUCACAUCUGCAUCACCUGGACAACCAGAGAUGGCUCCUGGGAGGCCUAUCAGGACGGAGAGCGACUGGGGACUGGAGAGAACUUAGCACCCUGGCACCCAAUUAAACCUGGAGGAGUUAUUAUCCUGGGCCAAGAACAGGACAUCGUAGGUGGGAGAUUUGAUGCCACUCAGGCUUUUGUAGGAGAGUUAAGCAACUUCAACAUGUGGGACAGAGUCCUGCGUCCCAUAGACAUCUCUGCCAUGGCCAACUGCUCCACCUACAUGCCUGGCAACGUGGUGCCGUGGGUUGAUGCCAAUGUGGAGGUAUUUGGCGGUGCAACCAAAGAAGCUCUUGAGAUUUGUGAAGACCGUCUCUUCGAUUCGUAAGGACAUGUCUGUACAUUUGGAAACAUUCUCGUUUUAGAGGUAACCCACAUCCCAAUCUCACUCUGGGAUCUUUACAGAGCGACAAAGGCAGUAAAAAGAAAUGUAAUAUUUAAAACUGCGUUUUCACAUAAUGGAUUAUUUGAUCCUCUAUUCUACUUUACGUUUGAAUAUUAUUUUGCUGUCAGCUUGGCCAAUGCAUAAAAUCAUUGUGAUUUAUUAAAACAAAUAACUCUGCAACUCUGGCUGAAGAAAAACCCUCUUGUUGAUAGUAGAUAUGCUUUUCUCUGUGUUGCAUCCUUCAGAAACAUCAUAUCUCUACAAACAUAUUGUCAUUUUUAAGAACUACAGUUAAAAAUGGAUUUGCUUUGCCAUUUUCACAAAAACAUUUGUCAUGUUCAAAAGCAUACAAAACAUUGGAGAUUUAGGGGUAGAAUCUAUAGUUUGUACAGUAUAGCAAUCAUUAUAUCUAUGGAGAGUCCUCUUGAGGAUAGCCGCACUGACGUGUGUGUGUGUGUGUGUGUGUGUGUGUGUGUGUGUGUGUGUGUGUGUGUGUGUGUGUGUGUGUGUGUGUGUGUGUGAAUGAUCCAGAGAUUAGUGGAGGAAGCAUUCAUAUUUUUUAAAUCUACUUUAAUACUGGUAUCCCUGAACAUCUCGAGCAGAUUUGUCAUCAAGAAAGGCUAAAAGCAAAACAGUAAAGCUGCCAAGAACUGGCCGACAGCUCCCAGAAGGCCCACAGGAACUGGGCAGACUGGAUUACUGGAAUCUCUGGCUGAAGGGGUUCACCAAAUGAAGCUAGUUUGAAAUUGUUUGAUUUUAUUCAGUUUAUGAAUUCCAAAUGUUUAUGAAGGAUUUUGACAAGUGCAGGAACAUGGUAUUAUGAGAUUAACUGUGAUAACUCGACAUUGGAAUGUGUGUUAUGCUUUUAUAAUAAUGUUUUAUUUAUAUAAUUAUAUAAAUAUGUGUACAGGAUGUGUGUCAUAUUUUUUUCAAUAACUUAUUUAGACCCUUGCACAAAGCACUGGAAAAAUUAGUGUGACUAUUUUCUAUGGAGGUGAAAAAGAAAUGUUGAUAGGCACUAAAUUGGUUGACAGCAUUUGCUUAUGUUUAGAGCAUGACGAAAGAAAGUUUGAUUCACCUGGCAUUGGGAUGCUAAGUGUGGGUGAAUUUCAUGAAACAUCAAGAACAUGUCUGGGGUACAUUUUACUGCAAAAUAAAAAUACAAAAUUCUAUUUUGCAUAAGGAAAUUGUGGUAUAUUUUUAAGAACCAUUAUAAUGUUUUGCAGAGUGACCAGUGUUGGUUAAGUAGCUCAAAACAUAAUCAACCACAAAUUACUAACUACUUCUUUAAAUUCACUGAUUACUUCAUUUAAAAGUAACCACGUUACUAAUUACUUUAUUUUUAAGUUGCUUUCUAAAACACUUAUCCACUCAACGAAUUGAAAAGGAUUUCUAUAUAUUCCCUUUGUUCAGCCAACACCUAAUGUGACAUGGACAUGUUUUUGUGAGAUUCACUCAUGUACAUUACUGAAUUUAUUUGAUUUGUGCUUGAUCUAUUUAGAUGACUUUUUCAAAUUGUACAUUUGUGUUUAAUUAGAGUAGUGCAAUAUACUGUAUAUGAGACACUUUAUUUAAAUGGGUCUUCAGCAUCGUUUCUGUGUUUUCAUGACCAAAUGCACCACUGGGCCUGUUGGUCUCACUGUCUUGCUGUGUUGCUUGGAUUUUUCAUUUCAGCAUUCAUCUUUUUGUGCACAAAGGCCAGAUCAAAGUCUGUGAAAUUCACUGUAGAGUGUAGUGUUACACACACUACACACUUCAUAGACACUUCAUAAUAAUACGUUUGUGAGUUUCCCUUGGUGACACAUGUGCUUUAUGAGGACUGCUCUUUUGAAAUGCACUGGAAUGAUAUAAAAACUAAUUACUGUUUAUUCCUUUCAUUUGAAUGUAAUCUACUGCUAUUUUGUGACAUAAAUGUACCUAAAAAAAUCUCUUAUGUAAAUGCAUUUGUAUCUGUUAUGCUGCCUUCAAGUCAUGUCAGAAUAAUUGUAUUUACGAAAUGAGAGACCGUUAAUAUAGCAAUGACUGAGUGAGUACCAGUGCAAAACUCAGUUAAAGGAUCAUGGCAUAAGAUAAUUCAUAUUGUAUUUGUAAAUGUUGACUGUUCAGUUUUGAUUGUACACAUUUUGUGUAAUGAAGAAUAUUAUGAAGUUUGCUAGAAAACAGCUGGUUUAUGAUGCGACAAGCUUGCUUGACAAACUAUAUUUAUUACCAUUCUCUUUUUCAUAAUUCUCAUGAGAAUACAAAAGCAUAAAUUACUCACCAAAUUUACAUCUAUUGCUCUUCAUUUUGUUGCACUACUGUUAAAAGUUCUUUCUAUCUUCCCUGUCUUGUCAGAAAGUGAAAAAGAAAGAAAUCUUAAAUUGCUAACAUGGCCUCAUAGAGUCAUGCUAUUAUACUUACUGAUUUAUACAUGGCUCAUUGUACAUUUUGUGACAGUUUCCUGUUAAAAUAAACAAUACAACACGAUCACAAAUAAAAAGGCAGAUUAUUGUCUCAAAAAUACAUACUUUUCAUCCUGCUCCACACACAGUUCAAUUUUAUAACAUCUGAACACUUUUAAAAAGCCCAUGACUUGUAAGGCAAUGCAUUUUAACGUUUGUGUUAUGAAACCAACUACUUUUACAAGCUUAUGUGCGGUGAUUAAACUGAUAGGGUGUUGUAAUUGCAAUGGAACGGAUUGGAAAAUAUGAGUCAGUUUUGCUCUUUAUGACACUUGCGGUUAGGUUUAGGGUAGGAAGGUAUAUUUUAUUCAUUUAAAAUUCCAUAGAGCACUAACCUUGGUAAAAUUACAAAUCUGUUUGUAAAUAAAGGGUUAGGGUCAUUAGACCCAUUAGGCUUAGUCAUUAGAUCUUGCUGGAAAUUUCCAUUUUAUGCUGGAAAAUAUCACAUGAAUGCAUGUCAUAAUUCCAAUUUCUAAACUAUAAAGUUACUUCCUUUGAAGACUUGAAAGCAGCAUUAUGGCAGAAUUCCUACGUGUGUAUAAUGUGGUCUGAUUUUGUGUCAGAAUGUAACUUAUUAUAUUUUUGUCCUAAAAUGAAUGGCCUUUUCUGAGAACCGAUUGUGCAUUCAGGGUUUGACCCCUAAUGUGAGACAAAAUGUGAAAAGGCAAGAGCAAGGAAAAUAAUGUAUGAAAAAAA